CCAGACGUUGGAAUCGUUCAUACAACAGCCAGAGCCUGCCUGUUCAUUGAGAAAUCUCUCUCUUUACCAACAUUUACCUCCUUUGAGGUGUAUUUGGCGUGAAGCAUCCAGCAGAACUUCUGUUCAGGAAUGAUCAAUUGAUUGGAAGUCGUCCACCCGUCUGACGAGUACAUUUAUGGCAUAAAUCUCAGACAAAUGGAUUCCAUCACAGCAGAAAAUAUUUCCAGUGGUAUGACUACCUGGAAGCUUGGAAUCAAUCAGUCUUUUUCACACAACACAUCAGAAAACAGCAGCAGCUCUACUUGUAUUAUUUUGGAUGCCUGGGAUUGGUUAUAUACAUUUCAGCCUAUGUUCCUCUGGGUCAUUUUUGUCCUAGGAGUGUUAGAGAAUGGCUUCGUCCUCAGCGUUUUGUGUUUCCACAAAAGUCGCUGCACGGUGGCUGAAAUUUACCUGGCAAAUCUGGCAGUUGCUGACUUGAUGUUAGUUUGCGGUUUACCUUUCUGGGCCAUUAAUAUCGCUAAUCAGUUUAAGUGGCCUUUUGGCACUUUCCUUUGCAAGGCUGUCAAUGCAAUCAUUUACAUGAACUUAUAUUCUAGCAUUUAUUUUUUGAUGAUGGUGAGCAUCGAUCGUUACCUGGCCCUGGUGAAAACCAUGUCUCUUGGACGUAUGCGACGAGGUACAUGGGCCAAAUGGAACAGUCUUAUCAUCUGGGUGUCUGCAUUGCUCAUAUGUUCUCCUGUUCUAGUGUUCAGGUCUGUCAGUUAUGUGGAAGAAAUCAAGGGCAGAGCCUGCAUUCUUCAUUAUCCAUCCACACACUGGACAAUUGCAACACACAUUUUGCUGAAUACUGUGGGCUUUUUGAUCCCACUCUGUGUAAUUACCUAUUGUACUAUUCAAAUAAUCAAAGCCUUACGAGAAAACAAAGUACAAAGACUCACAGAAAUCCAGACUGAGAAGAGAGCCACCAUCUUGGUCCUUGCUGUCCUUUUGCUGUUUAUCAUUUGCUGGCUUCCUUUCCAGACCACCACAUUCAUUGACAUACUAAUUCAGGUAGGCAUCUUUUCUGACUGCAUUACUAAAGAGAUCAGUGACUUGGUGGCCCAGGUAGCUACAUACUGUGCUUAUAGCAACAGCUGCCUUAACCCGGUAUUGUAUGUCAUUGUAGGCAAGCAUUUCAGAAAGAAAUCCAGGGAACUCUACAAAUGCUGCCUGCCUAGGAUAUGCAACAAAUCAGAGUCCAUCCGGAUGGAGAAUUCUUUGGACACUCUGAGAACGUCCAUUUCGAUUGAACGCCCAAAGAAAAACUCUGCUUUUUCAUUAGCACGAUAGCACAGUUUUGUUUAUUGCAAAGUUACAAGAAAACUUUUCAAUAUAUCAGUGCGUAAACUGUUCUUAAUAUCCAUCUUUUAUGGCACCCCAUUGUGUGCCCUGGUUGCAUUCAUUAUGCAUGAAAGCUUGGGGAGCUGAUCUCAGUACAAAACUCCAUGUAGACACCUAUAUCUACCAGCUAAUGGACAACAUUUUUCAUGACUGAAUCACAUUUCAUGAUAUAUUUAUAUAUUCAUGGCUGAAGUAUAUUUGACACACUAUCAUUUUAAAUAUUUAUAUUGCUAAUGAAGAUAAGUGUCUGAUGUCAGAAUAUAGUUCUCUAAGUAAAGCCAUGUUAUAACAGCUACCGUCAGUAUUAUGAAGCUAACCACAGUACCCAUACAUUUGAAAUAAUACAUUUUUAAUAAAAGGAACAUUUUCAAAUGAGACUAUAGUGAAUGGAAGGUCUUAUAGGAUCAUUAAGAUCCUAGAAUAUCAUGGUUCAAAGGGACCUCAGGAGAUCAUGUAGUCCAACCCCCUGCUAAAGGCAGGACCAAUCUUCAGACAGAUUGUUGCUGCAGAUCCCUAAAUGGCCCCCUCAAGGAUUAAGCUCACAACCCUGGCUUUAGCAGGCCACUGAGCUAUCCCUCCCCCCUUUCAAUUUAAAUUGAUGUUUAGUGUCCACAAUAUUUUCCCCCUUUGGCCAAUAAGGUGUUCCAAAUGCCCCAAUCCAAAAAUUGCUGUUUACGUGACUGCUAGGUUAUACCUUUUGGAAAUUGCUCUGACUUUGGUGGGGUGGAAUGGAAUGGAAUGUAACCCUCUAUUCCCUAGAGUGGUACAAUUUCUAGUCGUUUACAUCUGUGUAGCCGCCAGCAACAAGGGGUUGCACAGGUGUCACUGAAAGCACAAUUUGGGUGAAUGAAUGUAGUUGACAAUGUAGAAUGUAAGCUGUUCAGGAGCAAAGACCUGUAUUUUAUACCUGCCUGUAAAGAAUAAUUCACAUCUGUGGUGCUGUAUAAUUAAUACACGAGAAUACAGAUUAGACAUACAUGGGGCAUACUCAUAAAAAAUUAAAAACAGAAGUAUAAUGGAGAAAACCAUACAAUGACUGAAAUCAAACUGAUGGUCGUGGAAGAUCUGAAUGAUUAAGGAAUGCAUGAGCACAUUCUUUAUCAUGUAAAAUAGGCGAUAUCCACACUGUUGAGUUAACUUAGCUACGUGAGUUAACUUCUCAUGAGUAAGCCUAGCUCAGGUGAGAGCAGCCACACUGCAAAAUGAGUCUGGAGCUGCGCAGAGUGAUUGUGUUAGCAGCUGCUGGAUUGUGCUAACACUGGAGAUGAGUGCUCAGCGCUUUACAGAACUGGGCUCUGGACAUUAGAGUACAGCUGAAGUCAAUUGAUGACACUCAGCCUUUUUCAGUAAGUGCUCAACAGCUUGCAGGCUCAAGCCCUUAUGCAGUAGCAAAUGUUAUUUACUCAUAGGGAGUAAAGAUGCAUAUUAUGAAAAGCAUAAGUAGAGUGGCCCUAAAUUACAGUGAAAGUAGAGCAGGUCCAAAAUUUUCUGAUGGAAAGCUUUUCCCUCAGAAUAUGCCUUUAAAAAAAAAAAACAAAACAAAUGUAAAACAUGCUGUGGGAAUAUGUCAAUUUUGACAAAAUUUCAUUAAAAAAAAUUUAAACUGUUUCAAGAAGGGUGCAAUGCAAUAUUUUCAAUUUUUUG